UGGAUUUAUCAAAUGCCAUAGUCGCUAUUUAUGAAGAAAAAAAGUUGCAUCUCCGUUUAAAAGUCGAUUACGUAUUCCAGGUCCAACCUGACUUACAGAAAACAUACUGUCCGGCUGCACCUGUACGGCUGCCAACAAUGGCGUACAUGUUCCUAAAGAAGGAAAUCACGUGUUCCCUCUGCUCAGCUAUUUACACCGACCCUGUUCUGCUGCAUUGUGGACACAACUUCUGCAGCGACUGCAUUAAGACUCAUAUCUGUAACCAUGACCGGAGCGGUGUAUACCUCUGCCCAGAGUGUAAGCAAGCGUCCAAAAGCAAGGCCCCGCUGACCAUCAACACAGCAUUGCAGAACAUCGCCCAAAAAUGUCAGUCAGUGGAGAAUCACUACAGUCUGGGUGACUCCUGCUGCACCUACUGUCUGGAGUACCAGAGCCCAGCAGUGAAAAUCUGCCUUCACUGUGAAUCCUCAUUGUGUGAGAGACACCUCCAGGUGCACAGCAAGACCUCAGAGCACUUGUUGGCGGACAUUACAUUCCCUAUGCAGAAGAGGAUUUGCAGCCUCCAUGGUGAAAUCCUAAAGUUUUUCUGCACUGACGAUAAGACUGUCAUUUGCAUGUUGUGCUUCCUAAGUGGUGAUCACCAGCGCCAUGGGGUGGAGCUAUUGGAGGAAGCCUCCCGCCAUAAAAUAGAGGAGCUUCAGGAGAUGGCGGGCCACAUGGAAACUGAACUCGGCCGUCUUAAGAAAAGGACAAAUACUCUGAACCAGCAGAUAAAGGUGAACAAAGAGAGUGUAGAAGAGGUGAAAGAUACUUCUAAGAACUUAUGCAGCUCCCUCCUUAACUACUUGCGGGACGUAACAAAGAAUUUGGAGACCGACAUUAAUGAUCAGGAAAUUGAAGUCUUUAAGGAAAUAACAGAUGAAAUUAUGUUUCUAGAGGAGAAGCAAAAACGAUUGUCCCUGAAGAUGAAAAAAAUUGUGGAUUUGUGUAACCAGGAUGAUCCCCUGCUUGUCCUGCAGGACAAAACGCCCCUUAAGAGGCAGAAGACAGAGCACCGGCGCAGACUGCCCAUCCUACAUUACCAUUUUGACACCAUACUUUUCUCCCUGAAACUUAAGAGAAGCUUUGAAAACUUUGCUAAAUUAGUUCAAGCCUUGCUGUCCACCCAGUGUCCCCACCUAAAACACAAAGCCGACAUCCUGCUGGACGUCCUCACGGCAAGCAACUACCUCACAGUAUCCUCUAACCUCAAAGCUGUUGGAUAUGUCUCCAUUAAAAGUGAACAUGGUCAAAGUAGGUCGGGUCAAUUCAAAACAUGUCACGUUCUCAGCAAGACGGCCUUCUUGUUUGGAAAACACUGCUGGGAGGUGAAAACGAGCAAAAAGGGCACUAAGAGCAUCGGCGUGGCGUAUCCCUCGAUCAAGAAAGAAGGCCCAGACUCCUUUAUAGGCUACAACCAGGAGUCUUGGUGUCUUACCUGGAGCCACGAAUACACAGCCGCCUUUCACAACUCCCAGUCUUGGCAGAUCACAUCCGAAGGCUCCGCCAUAUCCUCGGUAGCUGUGUAUUUAGAUUAUGAUGCCGGGCAGCUCUCCUUCUACAGGACCUUCCCCACAGUCGAGCACCUCUUUACCUUUAUGGCCAAAUUCAAUGAGCCCCUCCAUGCCAUUUUUUAUUUAGUUGACAGCUGGAUCGAGAUCAGACCUUAAAAACAUUACAUUUACAGCUCUCUGCUGGCAUCUCUGUCCAUGUCAGGAACUGUCCAGAGUAGUAGCAAAUCCCCAUAGCAAACCUAUCCUUUUCUGGAAAGUUCCUAAAAUGGACAGAGGUGUCAGCAGAGAGAACUGUGGUCAGACAGAAAGGAAAUUCAAAAAGAAAGAACUUCCUCUGUAGUAUUCAGCAGCUGAUAAGUACUGGAAGGAUUACGUUUUUUAAUAGAAGUAAUUUACAAAUCUGUUUACCUUUCUGGCACCAGUUGAUUAAAAAAAAAAAAAAUCGUUUUCCACCGGAGUACCCCUUUAACCUUCGUCUCUCCCAUACGCCACCGGUAUUACGGAGCUCCGAUUCCUAGCCACAUGUAAAACUUUUAAUCAGUGGGUAUCUGAGUGUUCAGACCUCCGCCUUUCAGGAGAACGAACCGGGAGAAGACCGCGCUCCCUUCCCUGCCUCCUCCCCUGCCUGUGUCACAUGAUCAAGACAAUCUCAUAGACUUACAUGGCGAGUUUGUCUCAAUCACGAUUUCAACCUUCUCCCGGCUCAUUCUCCCAAUUGACCGAGGUCUAAAAAGACCCCCACCAUCAAAACUUUUGACACGUCGCUAGGAUGUUUCAAAACUUUUUAAUAAUUGCAGUGGCCAUUUAAUUUCCUUUUCCCUGAGCAAAUAUACACAAUACAUGCUGCCUCUUUAAGUUUGCUACCACUCCAUUCAUUCCAGGGACGACUGACCUCCGACCUUAUGAAUGGUGGCGGUCCCAGCAAUCAGAUGAUUAUCAGGAUAGGGCAGUAUUUCCCAAUCAGGGUGCCUCCAGCUGUUGCAAAACUACAAAUUCGGGCAUGCUGGGAGUUGUAGUUUUGCAACAGCUGGAGGCACCCUGAUUGGGAAACACUGAGAUAGGGAAGUCUGAGUAAAUGUAUCUAAGGCAUAUUCAUGGGUAUUUCUAUGGUAAAAUUGUUGAUAGUUGUUGAUUCUAUCAGAUGCCCAAUCACAGUAGCUGCAGUUCCGACUUUGUGCCUGUUGGGGGCAGAACUUCCCUCUCACAAGACGUUUUAACACUUUUACGUUUUUUAUAUCUUUUCUACAUAAUGUUGUGUUUCUCCGCCUUCAUUGUUCAGAGUGAAGUGCGAUCCUUCAUAGUUAGAUGUCACUUCAUAGAUAGUUUAACAACAGUAACACCUAAAGCUACAUUACGGACUCUGCUCUAUAGCAGAGAGCAUUGUGGGAACUCAUGGUUAUAGAGCUCGGUCAGCAGUGACGUCACGAGUCUGACAAUGGGGCGUAAACGGGUUAUUUAUAUAUAUAUAUAUAUAUAUAUAAAAUUAACUGGCUCCAGAAAGUUAAACAGAUUUGUAAAUUGCUUCUAUUAAAAAAUCUUAAUCCUUUCAGUACUUAUGAGCUACUGAAGUUGAGUUGUUCUUUUCUGUCUAAGUGCUCUCUGAUGACACGUGUCUCGGGAACUGUCCAGGGUAGAAGCAAAUCCCCAUAGUAAACCUCUUCUACUCUGUGCAGUUCCCGAGACAGACAGAGGUGUCAGCAGAGAGCACUGUUGCCAGACAGAAAAGAACAGCUCAACUUCAGCAGCUGAUAAUUAUUGGAAGGAUUAAGAUUUUUUUUAUAGGUUUUUAAUAAGAUUUUUUUAAUAAUUAAUUUACAAAUCUGUUUAACUUUCUGGAGCCAGUUGAUAUAAAAAAAAAAUAAUAUUUUUUUUCCUGGAAUACCCCUUUAAAGGGGGUUAUACAGAAUUUGAAAAACAAAGCUAAUUUCUUCCAUAAAAAAAAAAAAAAACGGCACCACACCUGUCCUCAGGAUAAGUGUGGUAUUGCAGCUCAAUUCCAUUGAUGUGAAUGGAGCUAUGAUGUAAUACCCCACAUAACCUGAGGACAGGGGUGGUGCUGUUUUUGAAAGAAAUCACCUCUGUAUUUCUAAUCCCGGCCACCCCUUUAACUGAUAGUAUACAAAGAAGAAACUAGAGUAAUUGCUACUGAUCAAACAAUAAUUUUAUUAAUAAAUUAUUUAAAAACAUACAUAUUUUUUCAUGUAUGUUUUUAAAUAAUGUGUUAAUAAAAUUAUUGUUUGAUCGGUAGCAAUUGCUCUAGUUUCUUCUCUGUAUACUAUGUUUUGCAUAAAGCUACUGAGUUCCUAUUAGUGAGACCCCGGCACUGUAUAUUUAUGAUGAGGGGUAAAUACUUAGACACUGUAGAUUGGUGCUGUAUAUUUUUGUAUUUAAUACCCCUUUAACAGACGUCCAACACAAUUUCGGAAAAACUCCUUUGGAAUUGCCUGGAGGAAGACACAAAAUAACUCAACAUCUGUUCACACUGAGGGAAAUGUGUGGAAAAUGUUCGGCUUUAUUUGAUAUUUUAUUAAAAGCAAAAUAUAUGACCAUGAAGUUCCCAGCUCUGUGUUAGCGGAACUUUAGUAUCAUACUCCAUUAUUGGGGACCUCUUAAAUUGGAGGUUUCCCUGCAUUUUGCUAAAAUGUAUAUCCUGCUGGAGGUGUGUAAAAUAGAAAAGAAAUAUAUACUUACCUAGCCCUGGUCCCUUCCCUAGCUCCCGUUCCGCUAAGUCCCGUAUCUUCUGUCUCCCUGCUUGGUAUAGCACCUGCCUGAUCAGCCAAUCACUGGCCGCAGCGCCAUCUUGGCCACCAAUUGGCUGAGCAUAAGAUUGGGGGGUUGGACGGAGCCGAACAGUAGAAGGAAGACCAGGGCCGAGUAAGUAUCUUUUUUUUUUUCUGUUUUACCAAGAUUGUUAAAAUAAAUCUUAGCAAAUACUGCACUCACAUCCAGAGCUGCGUUUAUAGUCCAGGCUCCUCUUAUCUCUGGAUACACAGGACUUCAUAUGAAUAGAAAAUAGGACACAAUUAUGCCUAAAAGUUUUUUUUUAAGUUUAAAAAGAUUUUGUUAUAACUUAAGUUCGCAAAAAUAAUUUUACCUAUGGAAGGGAGUGAGGAGGGAAAGUAAGAAGCAGGGGAGACUACAAGAUGGGGGAUGAUGUUACUAUCACAGCAGAUGUCUGUUUAAUGUCUCUUCCUGCAUCGGUAACCUGUCCCAACCUGUUUUGCAGCAUCUCACUUUACCACAGCAGUCAGCCAUCAGACGUGCACACCGCUGUAUAUAGUGUAGCAUGCCUUUCUACACAUAGCAAAUGACUGCGCUCAAUUACUAAAGAUGAUUAGUGAAUGCUGAAUUCUGAUUGGCCGCUUGUGAAUCUUCCGUUUGGUUGUCCGGUUGUUAUAAUAAAUGUUUGUUAUACAUUAAGUUGUUCUGACCGUGUUUAUUAGGGGCUACGCCGCACCCCUCCGCCAUUAUAAAGUAUAGCGCAUCUUAGGUUAGAGCAUAGAGCAGUGUUUCCUAACUUUGGCUCUCCAGCGGUUAGAAAACUAUAACUCCAAUCAUUUGAGGGCAUGCUGAGAGUUGUAGUCUUGUAACAGCUGGAAAACCACCAAUUGGGUAACACUGGGUUCCAGGGCAUAUCAUUGCAGCUGA